AUGAUAUAUAAUUUGCUUAAUUCUGGAAAUUUUGGUCGUGACUCCGCCGGAAUCUCACCGGGGAAGACGAUCGGAGCUACAGCUCCGACGUCUGGUUCACUUGCUAGGUAUAAACUGGGUGAUAGAUGCCGGCUUUUUGUUGCUGAUGGAACAACAUUUUCAGUUAUUCCUGAGGGGUUUCGUUCUGAUUCUGAAUCAUACGAGUCUAGAUCGGAAGAAAGAAUGGACGUGUUCAAGGAGUGGACAUCUAGAAGACCAAGGAAAGAAAGGAAAAAAGCAAAGAAGUGUGCCACUCCACAAGUGGUGUUUAAGUCUCACCCUCCUGAACUCAUAUAUUAUGGACAGCAUUCUGGAGUUAUUGGUCUUACUAAAGGAGAAUUAUAUAAGACUGUAGCUGAAAAUGAGAUUGCAGGCUAUGGCUAUGACAAAGUCCUUGUGGAUGCAGAAUGUACUCAUGAUGGUUCAGUUAAACAUAUUCAAAAGUUUGAACAUUGGGGCUGGGUAACUCUUCAACGUCGUGUGCUGGAUGCUGAGAGGACGAAUAAUUUACAUGCUCUUCAGGCAAAGACUUGUUAUUCUCUUGAUCUAUAA